AUGUCCAACCCUAAAGUUUUCUUCGACAUGACCGUCGGAGGCAACCCCGCCGGCCGUAUUGUCAUGGAGCUUUACGCCGACACUACUCCUCUCACCGCCGAUAACUUCCGUGCACUCUGCACCGGCGAGAAAGGCGUUGGCAAAAGCGGGAAGCCUCUCCAUUACAAAGGCUCAUCCUUCCAUCGCGUCAUUCCUAAUUUCAUGUGUCAGGGUGGUGACUUCACUGCUGGAAACGGAACAGGAGGAGAGUCCAUUUAUGGAGCUAAAUUCGCAGAUGAGAAUUUCAUCAAGACACACACCGGUCCUGGAAUUCUUUCCAUGGCGAAUGCGGGUCCAGGGACGAAUGGAUCUCAGUUUUUUAUCUGUACUUCCAAGACGGAGUGGCUUGAUGGGAAGCAUGUGGUUUUUGGUCAGGUGGUUGAGGGAAUGGAGGUGGUGAAGGAGAUUGAGAAAGUCGGCUCUAGCUCCGGGAAGACCUCGAAGCCGGUGGUUAUCGCAGAUUGUGGCCAACUCUGA